CCGAGGAAGAGGAAGGGGACGAGAACGAGAGCGACCGGGCGGAGGAGGAGGAGGAGGAGGAAGAGGAGGCCGACCAACAAGAUGGCCCCUGCUGCCGGAGCAGCCUCAGCAGCAGCAGGUGGGGGGCCGGAGGCGGCGCUGGUGGUGGCGGCGGCCGGGGCCCGGCGGCCUGGGACGGAGUCCGAGUCGACGGUGGCGGCGGCAGCGGCGGCGGCGGCGGUGGCUGCCGCGGCGGUGGCGACGGCCGCGGGGACUCGGAGCUGAGAGGAGCUGCUGCUCGGACCAGCGCGGUUAUAUUUCACACUAUGUGCUGACUGUAUCUACAGAAAAUAUUUAAAAAAAGAUAAACUUUUUUCAAAGAUUUUUGAUUCCAGUGGAAUCUUUGCUUUAGAUAUUUGUGUGUGUGCGUGUGUGUGUUAGUGAAUUGUAACUCCAGAAGCAAUGCCUGUACAAGCUCCACAGUGGACGGAUUUCCUUUCCUGCCCGAUUUGCACUCAGACUUUCGACGAAACAAUUCGAAAGCCCAUCAGUUUGGGUUGUGGCCAUACUGUCUGCAAGAUGUGCCUGAAUAAACUCCACCGCAAGGCUUGCCCUUUCGACCAGACCACUAUCAAUACAGACAUUGAGCUCCUCCCGGUGAACUCGGCAUUGCUGCAGCUAGUGGGUGCUCAGGUCCCUGAGCAGCCGCCCAUUACUCUGUGUAGUGGGGUGGAAGAUACAAAGCAUUAUGAGGAAGCCAAGAAGUGUGUGGAAGAAUUAGCAUUGUACCUGAAACCACUCAGCAGUGCUAGAGGAGUGGGUCUGAACAGCACGACUCAGAGUGUUCUGAGUCGCCCGAUGCAGAGGAAGCUGGUGACUCUGGUCCACUGCCAGCUCGUGGAAGAAGAGGGCAGGAUUCGUGCCAUGCGGGCAGCCCGGUCUUUGGGCGAACGGACAGUUACAGAGCUCAUCCUCCAGCACCAGAACCCUCAACAGCUCUCUUCCAAUCUUUGGGCAGCAGUCAGGGCCCGGGGCUGCCAGUUCCUUGGACCAGCAAUGCAGGAGGAAGCUCUGAAGCUGGUUCUCCUGGCCUUAGAAGAUGGCUCUGCUCUGUCCAGAAAAGUGCUGGUUCUCUUUGUGGUGCAAAGGCUGGAGCCUCGGUUCCCGCAAGCCUCCAAAACUAGCAUUGGGCAUGUUGUCCAGCUCCUUUACCGGGCCUCCUGCUUCAAGGUCACCAAACGCGACGAAGACUCUUCUCUGAUGCAGCUGAAGGAAGAAUUUAGAACCUAUGAAGCGCUGCGGCGAGAGCACGACUCCCAGAUCGUGCAGAUAGCGAUGGAAGCAGGCCUGCGCAUCGCGCCAGACCAGUGGUCCUCGCUGCUGUACGGAGACCAGACCCACAAGUCUCACAUGCAGUCCAUCAUUGACAAGUUGCAGACUCCAGCCUCUUUUGCACAAAGUGUUCAGGAACUAACGAUUGCUCUCCAGCGGACUGGAGACCCAGCAAACUUGAACCGCCUGAGGCCCCAUUUGGAGCUACUAGCGAACAUCGACCCUAGUCCAGAUGCUCCUCCUCCUACUUGGGAGCAGCUGGAAAACGGGCUGGUCGCCGUGCGCACGGUGGUACAUGGUCUGGUGGACUACAUCCAGAACCACAGCAAGAAAGGAGCCGACCAGCAGCAGCCUCCGCAGCAUAGCAAAUAUAAAACGUACAUGUGUCGAGACAUGAAGCAGAGAGGAGGAUGCCCUCGUGGGGCCAGCUGUACAUUUGCACACUCCCAGGAGGAACUGGAAAAAUUCCGUAAGAUGAACAAACGCCUAGUUCCCAGAAGACCCCUGAGCGCCUCUUUGGGUCAGCUGAAUGAGGUGGGCCUGCCUGCGGCGGCCGUCCUCCCGGACGACGGCGCCGUGGAUCUGCCCGGCAGAAAGCCCCCCGCUCUGCCCAAUGGGAUUGUGUCAGCAGGAAACACGGUCACGCAGCUGAUCCCACGAGGGACGGACCCCAGCUACGACUCCAGUCUGAAACCAGGGAAGAUGGAUCAUCUGAGCAGCAGCGCCCCCGGAUCCCCUCCUGACCUGCUAGAAUCGGUCCCCAAGAGCAUCCCUGCCCUAGCUGUGAACCCGCAUCCCGUACCUCCACGGGGCCCGACAGACCUGCCUCCCAUGCCCGUCACCAAACCGCUCCAGAUGGUGCCGCGGGGCUCUCAGCUGUACCCCGCGCAGCAGGCGGACGUCUACUAUCAGGACCCUCGGGGAGCGGCUCCGCCCUUCGAGCCUGCGCCCUACCAGCAGGGUAUGUACUACACUGCACCGCAGUGCGUGUCCCGCUUCGUGCGACCUCCGCCGUCUGCUCCUGAGCCCGCACCUCCCUACCUGGAUCAUUACCAGCCCUACCUCCAGGACCGCGUCAUAAACCCUCCGUACGGCACGCAGCCGCACCAGUACCCGCCCAUGUACCCGCCGCACUGUGACGGCCGCCGAGUGUACCCUGCUCAGUCUUACCCCAGAGAGGAGAUCUUCCGGGAAAGUUCUAUUGAGAUUCCACCUCCGGCAGUACCGUCCUACGUGCCCGAGUCCAGGGAGCGGUACCAGCAGGUGGAGGGCUACUACCCGGUGGCUCCUCAUCCAGCGCAGAUCAGACCUUCGUACAUCAGAGAGACGCCCUACAGCCGGCUCCCUCCCCCGCCCCAGCCCCACCCCAGUCUGGACGAGCUGCACCGGAGACGGAAGGAAAUCAUGGCGCAGCUGGAGGAAAGGAAGGUUAUCUCCCCUCCGCCGUUUGCGCCCUCACCCACGCUGCCCCCGCCCUUCCACCCAGAGGAAUUUUUGGAUGAAGACUUGAAGGCCGGGAAAUACAAAGGAAAUGAUUAUAGCCAGUACUCUCCCUGGUCAUGUGACACCAUCGGCUCCUACAUUGGAACCAAAGAUGCAAAACCCAAAGACGCUGUGGCAGCAGGGAGUGCGGAAAUGAUGAACGUGGAGAGUAAGGGAGUGCGAGACCAGCGGCUGGACCACCAGAGAAGAGCUACCGAAACCAGUGACGACGACCUCAUCCCGUUUGGGGACCGGCCGACAGUCUCGCGGUUUGGUGCCAUCUCUCGAACCUCCAAAACAAUAUACCAGGGUGCUGGCCCGUUGCAGGCGAUGGCACCUCAGGGAGCUCCCACAAAAUCUAUGAACAUGCCAGACUACAGUCCGUACGGAGCCCACGGCGGCUGGGGCGGCUCCCCGUACUCCCCGCACCAGAGCGCGGCGUCUCAGGCACACUUCAGUGAGAGGGAGAGGAUAUCCAUGUCGGAAGUGGCCAGUCACGGAAAACCCCUUCCGUCCGCCGACAGGGAGCAGCUGCGACUGGAACUGCAGCAACUGAACCACCAGAUCAGCCAGCAGACCCAGCUGCGUGGACUGGAGAGGGAGGCGAGCACCCUGGCAAGCCAGUCGCAGCCCCCGCCAGCACCGCCGAAGUGGCCUGGAAUGAUCUCGAGUGAGCAGCUGAGCCUGGAACUGCACCAGGUGGAGCGGGAAAUCGGGAAGAGAACCCGGGAGCUGAGCCUGGAGAACCAGUGUUCUCUGGACAUGAAAAGCAAAUUGAAUACAAGUAAGCAAGCAGAAAACGGACAACCGGAACCCCAAAAUAAGGUUCCAGCUGAGGACCUUACAUUGACAUUCAGUGAUGUACCCAAUGGAUCGGCCUUGACACAAGAGAGUAUCGGCCUCCUGUCAAACCAGACCAGCUCUCUGAACCUGUCGGAGGACCCCGAGGGAGGAGGGGACAACAACGACUCCCAGAGGCCAGGGGUCGCGCCCAGCCCUGCUCCCUGAAGCAGGAAGAGCCGCACUCGCGCUUCUCCCGGAGGAAGAGCGCUUCUCCGGAAGGAGGACGAACCGCGACCCCUGCGCCCGCCCUCUGGGGCGGCCGGAGGCAGCGGCCGGCCGAGCACGGCAGCGGCGGCGAGGUGCACAGACCCCGCUGCUCCUGGCCGGCCCUGCACAUCGCUCACACCAGUGCAUUUUUUAAUUUAAAAAAAGAAAAGAGAAAAAGAAAAUUAGCAGUAUCUGCAAGCAAUUCAGAUUAAAUUUGUUUUUGUUCUGUGAA